AUGCCUGUCCUUGGUCAUGAUCAAAUCGUUAUAGAAGAAGAUGAUAAUGAUAGCUUAACAGGGAGCGAGGGAGGCUCUGAAGGUAGCUUUGUAAAUGGUGAAAACGAGGAAAGUAAUGUUGUCAGCUUUCACUCGGAACCCAGGAAAAAAAUCCUUAAAAAAAAAAAGAAACUAACGAAGCGUGAAUUGAGGGCGAAGAAAAUAGAUAAAAUUAACCUGUUGAGUGCAGGAUUGGUCAAGCCUGAUGUUACUACAGAUAAAGAGAAAGAACGCUUACUAAGAAGGAUUGCCACAAAAGGUGUCGUUCAAUUGUUCAAUGCUGUUGCUGGUCGUCAAAAAACUGUUAACACUGAAUUGUCCAAGAAAAUGACAAUGAAAGAGAGACGGGCUGCUUUGAAAAAAUUGAAAGGCGAUAACUUCAGUGUCAAUGGUACAAAGGAGAAAAAGGAGUUACUGAGUGACGAGAGUGAUAAUGAAGCCAUGGAUAGUACAUUAGAUUGCAAAGAUGAGAACGAAAUGGAUGAAUGA